CGCCACAGAGUACCUUCUGGAAGCCGCCGCUAUUGGAAACGUCUGUCCUCCUUGAACCGAGGGGGUGUUCCAAACUUAGAAGGCAGCGUCUAGAACACAAAUGCUACUAGACCUAAUCCAGUCACCGAUUCAAGGAUUUGGGUUUUGAAUUUUUCUGAAUGCAGAGUUGCAGCGGGGAGCUAAUUUCCUUAAGACAUUUUUCUUUUCCUUUAUUGCCACCCCGCCUCUGAGACGUUGGUAGAUUCCACUUCCGGUCUCCCCGGAAAUUUCGCGCGAUGGAAAGAGGAGAAACGCCUGAGGAAGAAAGGCAGUCGGGAUGUGUUCUUCCUACAAGUCCGGAAUCUGACAGUUUGAAGACAAGCAAUUGGGGGUUCUUGAUUACUGGGGUCAUUGGUGGUGCCCUGGUGACAGUGUAUGCUGUGACUACGCCAUUUAUCGCUCCAGCCCUCCGGAAAGUUUGUUUACCAUUUGUACCUGCAACUUCGAGGCAGGUUGAAAAUGUUGUCAAGAUGUUGCAACACAGAAGAGGACCUCUGGUGGACAUUGGCAGUGGUGAUGGACGGAUUGUGAUUGCAGCUGCAAAGGCAGGCUUCCCAGCCGUCGGGUAUGAACUGAAUCCGUGGCUGGUUUGGUACUCCAGAUACCGUGCUUGGAGGGAAGGCGUGCAUGGCUCUGCCAAGUUUUACAUUUCAGAUCUAUGGAAGGUCACCUUUGCACAGUACUCGAAUGUCGUUAUUUUUGGUGUGCCCCAGAUGAUGCCACAGCUGGAGAAGAAACUUGAGUUUGAACUUGAAGAUGGUGCUAGAGUUAUUGCCUGUCGGUUCCCUUUCCCACACUGGACUCCAGACCACACCACUGGAGAGGGUAUUGACACUGUGUGGGCCUACGACAUGAGUGCUUGUAGAACACAAGGAAAGAGGGCCUGAUUGUGAUCAGCUCGGCCAGUAGAACUCGGCAGAGACAGUGGACUGUGGGCUUCCUCAUCUGAGACGCAGAGCCAGCUCCUUGACACUGAAUGACAAGUCACUGCUGCUCUCCUUGAGAAAAUGAACAGAAUCUCAGAGAAACAUUUAAGUUUAAACUCUGCUGCUUUUUAAAGGGCAGUUUCACACAGCCUGGGUUGGCCUUGAGUUUGCUGAUGACCUUGAACUUCUGAUCCUUCCACUUUUACCUCCCCAGUAAAAUGUGCUUUUAGUGGAACAUUCUGGAUGGGCUCACUACCUUUGCAUAUACUAGGGUGCAUGAACAUAAAAGUAAGUGACGGUCUGUGGGUAAGAAGGCUGUCAUCUCAGCAGCAUGGUUUGAUGGCUUGGGUGAAGAGGACAGGGCACUUAUGCAAACAUCUGCAUUUCCUGUAGUUUUGUUCAUGACUGAGAUUUAUCUCCUUUGUGUAGUUUGCAGUUAAAUUAAUUUUCUGAAAGAUUCAGAGAGUGACAUUUAGAUUUUAUAAUACUUACAAGGAAUGUUUUACCCUAAGGCUGGUGGUGUACUAUACUCCAUUGAUUGAAUAUGUACCUGUACAACUGUGUGUAAAUGUAAAUGGACUAUGUAACACGCAUAUGUUUCAACAUUGGGGUUGUGAUAAAUUGCACAUGGCUUUAAUUGGCA